AUGCAUGACGGGUAAUGUGGGAUGGGUUUACAGCAAAGAUGGCGGCGUCCUCGUCAGCAGGACGCGUUUUGACUCUUUGCAAACAUUUUCAAAACGUCUUCAAGAUUUCUGCUGCGAGGAGUCCUGCGCACUGUGCUGCCAGCCUAACCAAACACCUGCCUCAGAUUCACAGGGAGAAGUCUCCACUUGCUGCCCUGUCUUUGUACAGUCCGCCCAGCUCUGUGGGUCAGUGUCGAGCCCUGCACACAACCAUCAGCCGACGAGGGCUGGAAGAGUUCUUUGACUUACCUGAAAACUGGGGAGAGACCACCGUGAAGUCAGCUGCACCAUGGACUGCCAAACAACUGAGAACAAAAAGCAGUGAAGAUUUACACAAACUCUGGUAUGUGCUGUUGAAAGAAAAGAACAUGCUGCUCACGAUCGAGCAGGAAGCAAAAAGGCAAAGGGUUCAGAUGCCGAGUCCAGAGAGAUUAAAGAAGAUUGACCGGUCGAUGAUCAGACUGGAGACAGUGGUAAAAGAGAGAGAAACUGCACUGCGUCUGCUGCAGACAGGACAGGAGAAAGGAAGACCAGGAGCCUGGAGGAAGAACCUAUUUGGAUAUGUCUACUGGUAUCGAUUCAAAGAGUACGCAAUUCCUUGGUACAUGAAUACAAGAUACAAGCGAAAGAAGUUCUACACACCGAAGUUUGUCCAACCACACAUCAGGCUCCGCAUAGAGAAGCAUCUUCGUGAGAAGGCCAGGAAAGCGAGGUUAGAGAAGCAAACUCUGUCCAAACUCAAGGAGAAGUUUCCUCAAAUGAAUGUUCCGGCAUCCUGAAAUUUACAGUUAAGAUGUUUUUGACAGCUGUGAGCCGGUCAUCUGUCCCGACACAAGGUCUCCAUAUUUUAUCUGCUGAGUUGAGUAGUCUAAAUCAGCUCAUGUCAAGGUGGUCUGAAACUGUUGUUCUGUAUAAAGUAUAUUUGUCCAUCUGUUAAUUGUCCAACUCCGCUACGUGACCUUGAAAUGUUUUGUUUGCUGUUUUCAUACUUAAUAAAACAUGCUUCUCACAUCAA